AUGCAACUACUAGUUCAGCAGCUCUCUCCAGAGCCUUCUGAUCAUGGGUUCGGCAUUGUUACAAUGCAGACAGCCUCUUAUAUCCUCCAAGCGUAUCGGCCAGAGACUGGUGUGCAGUUUUUCGUGACGGCGGACUUGAAGACUGAAAAUUUGGCGUCCUUUUUGAGAGACGUCUAUGUACUUUACGCCGACUACGUCAUGAAGAACCCGUUCUACGAACUCGACAUGCCGAUCAAGGUAGAUCGAUGGGAGACGCAUCUUCGGAAUCUCGUGGAAAAGUACCGCAUCAGACAAACGCUCUAA